AUGCGUUUAAGACUGUACCACCUUCUGCAGCGCAUGUGGAACCGAAAAAACAAUCAUGGUCCCCAAUGCACUGAUUUCAUCAAAGAGAUCAGGAAACUUCAAAGCAACGGUUACUAUAGAGUGUACCUUGGGGAGACAGAAAUUCCCGAGUAUCUAAUAACAGGAGAAAUAAGUUUGGCAAGUGUGAAUGAUCCUAGAAAGCACACCUGGAGCAUAGUUCACGCAGGCGGUGUAAGAGGAUGGGUCCCGUGGAAUUAUAAAAUACUGUUUCAUUUAAACUCAAAUGAUCUAGAUGCAUCUGGGGAUAUAUUUCAAGAAUUUUGUUCCACCUUAACAGAAUGUUACGGAAGAUGUGCUAUUGUUGUAGAUCCACAAAGCUGGAGGACGCCUCGUCGAUACCCCGCUUCGAGUUCAUGUCACCAGUCUCCAUCGUCACCAGUGGAUUUGCUGCCUGUGCGCUGUUGCCCCAAAGUGGCUCAAGAACACGGACACGAACUCCUCCAACUGCCUUUCCAAUGCGCACAUCUAAACCCGCUAAACAGUGCAUGGUCAACAAUGAAGUGGUUUGCUGUCAACAACAGAGGGAAAUAUUCUGAAGCAAUCUAUGACAAAGAUACAAUACAGAAGUACAUUUUAUGUACUGAAUUAAUUGAAGGUUCCCUGAGGAAGAUGACCAAAAGGAAAUGGGAGGAAGCCAUGUCCAGAGUGUGGAAGAAUGAAAAUUAUUAUCUAAGUGACAACAAUCGGUAA